AUGCAUUCGUUUUCGAAAAUCAUCUUUCUCUUGGUUGGUAUUGGUCAUUUGGUGCUUGGUAUUUAUACGGUGAUUCAUUUGGAAGAGUGAGUUUUCGAGUCACGAGGUGAUUCGCCUGCUAGACUCUGAACGCUGGGGACCAGUAGUUUGAGCCUCAUUGCCUGGCAACACCUUUUUUCAGAGAACAGAUGGCAGCCGCUCCAAUCAAGGCAGCUCUAAUAGAAUUUGGUGACCAAGGUUAUACAGAAAGCAAUUCUCAAGUCAAAGGUGUAUUCAUGCCAUUCUUUGUCGCCUUAUUUUGCUUGGUUGUCGCAGUCAUUCCCUAUAAUGGAGUUCUAUAUUUCUUAUUCAUUUUGUGUUUAUUGGAAAUGGGCGGAUUUAUUUGGGAAAUGGUGGCUGUUAAUAAAAUCAAUGAACAGCAAACCGCACAUUAUAUUCUGGUGACACAAAUAGCGAAAAGACUCAAAGAGCAUAAAGAUAAACCCCACGGAAGAAACAAGCGUUUUAUUUUGGGGGUAAUCAGUGCUGUUAAGGAAGUUGUUUCAUUUAUUGCAGAAAUUCCAAAUGUAAUUGGUCAAGCUAUAAAUUUCGUUGACAAAAAAAUUGAUACAAAACCGCGCGAAGUAAUUGUAGGUAUGAUAGAUCCAUAUUAUGGUUUACAACAAAAUCGAAUGAAAAAUUUCAGAACAUUUCGGUAAAAAUCAAACGAUGGAAAUUGUCAACACAAUCAGUAAAAAUCCGAAAAUCAUGAAAUUUUAUCUUAGAUUGGCAGAAGAUCUUGAGACAAGUAAAUUGUUGUCUGAAAUUGGACUUGGAGCUAGUAUUGUCACUGCGGUUCUUGUACUUGGAAUGACACUGUGAGUUUUUUUUUACAGUUGGCGGGGAGUACUGCUUUUUGUUAAAAUCUAAAAAAAAACUCUUUAAUUUCUGACUUUUUGCAGCUUCUAUACAUGGGAAUACAAAAAACAGCAAAGCGCGAUGACAUUCCCGCCAUGUGAUCCAAUACCACCACCACACCACUCUAAACCGUCACCACAUCACUCUACACCAUCAUCAUCUCACUAUAGACCAUCAUCUUGUCACUCUAAACCGUCACCACAUCACUCUACACCAUCAUCAUCUCAUUAUAGACCAUCAUCUUGUCACUCUAAACCGUCACCACAUCACUCUAAACCGUCACCACAUCACUCUACACCAUCAUCUUGUCACUCUAAACCCUCACCACAUCACUCUAAACCGUCACCACAUCACAAAAAGCAUUAUUCUUCGUACAACGAAACCACAAUGUCGCCAGUCUGA